AUGUCGUUAUAUUCUCAACAUUUUUACGAUAGUGAUCAUACCAUUGGAAAGAUUGGAAUGACUUUGAUUUCUUUGCAGGAUAUUUCCGAAGAUAAUGAUCAUCUUUCAAGUCAACUUCCCACAAUAAAUGAAAUAGAAAAAAUACCGCAUUUAGAAAGCGAUGUAUCUAGGCGGGCUAUAGCAUUGGCUAAACUCAUUCGUAGUGCCAAAAAACAUGCACGAGGAUCAAAAACUUUAAAUUAUUUAAUGCAGGCGUCUGACACAAUGGACGCUUUACUGACACACAUGAAUAUGAACCCAGAAAGUGUAUAUCAAAGAUCGUUAAAAAUACCAACAAGUGUUUGCCCCGAAAAAAUCAAAGAUGGAUAUAGUAUCAGGAGUGAUUAUAGAAAACUUAGUGAAAACUUUGAAAAAGCUAAAACAUUUAUUUCAAAUGGUCAUUGGUGGAAAGGUUGUUAUCAAAGUGUUUAUAGAAAUUUUACAUUAAAAUAUAAGGAGGGGUAUGACGAGUCCUUUCAGGGAUGUAUGUAUUGUGACUAUUCAAAAGGCCCAUUUUUGUCAUCGACUAAAUAUAUCAAAAGAAAUUCAUUUCAAGAUUUGAAUGAAGACGGAGGCUUGUUCGAGGAUUGGUUCUUAAGAGUUUAUCAAAAAGGUGAGGAGGGAAUAGUUUGUCCUGAUUCUAUGUUUGACACAAUCCCCAAUCCGGUGUCAAGUGAAAGUUGGAAUUUGUUUCUUGAUAUUUGGAACUUAUUUCAAAUACGAAUACCAGGUGGCAUCACAGUCAGGAAAAGGUGUGGAAAAAAAGAAAGCUCAUCUUCCCCAUCCAAAGCUAUGUCAUUCUGCAAGUAUUUAGACACAACGGAAGCAGUUAAAGUUGUAAUGAGAUCAUGCGAGGAAGUACGUAUGAUUUGCGAGCUUCAGGAAGGAACGACAUUAGGUGCUGUAAAAAUGGAGAAAACAAUUCCUUGGGAUAUUGACUAUGAUAUUAGAUUUAUAACAAAUAAUUGUUCAGUAUGUAAGAAACUUGCAGACAAAUUUAAAAAGAAUGGUAUGUCUUAUGGAGAUUUUGUGACGCCUUGUUGCAAUAAGGUUCUUAAACUAGGUGAAAUUAAUUACGUAGGUGUUGGAUAUAUACAUAUCUGGGCAUCCUACUCUUGACUCUGAAAUAUACUCUAAAAUGGGUUUUAAGCCAACGAAUAUCUUUUUCGAUGGUGAAUGGUUAAACGUACCUAUGAACCCUGGAUUUGUUUUGAGAAAUAGAUACGGACUAGAACUUUUUCAACAUGCGGAACAUUGGAGAUUUACUGAUGGUAACAAAGGAAAUAGUAGAUUAACGUAUAAAGUGUUCAGGUUCUCUUCUUGUAGUACUCCUGGUAGACAUAAAUGUUUAGAUAGUUAUAAUCCUGAUGAAAUAUUCAGUUUAAGGGUUUGUUACCCUAAUGUAUAUUAUGCCAUAGUCAGUGCGCGAGCUCCGCAUGACUUUUGCUUUAUAUUAGUACAUGUAUUCAAAACAAGAAAUAACAAUUUCGGAGUUCAAUGAAAUACAAAUAGUUGUCAAAAUGCCUUUGUGAAUAAUUCAUUUCCUUUUUGCAGUUUAAUUUGGUGUUUGGAAACGUUUUUGGUCUUUUUAUCAUUUGACUGAUUAUUUUUGUGUCACAUUUACAGAGUAGCGGCGACAUAUAGGGAUCACUUCUCCGUCGUCUGUCUGUCGGUCCGUCCGAUCGUCACAAAACAUUGUAUAAAUAAAUACUUUUUUAAUAUACGUCUAAACUUUCAUUUUUUAUUAAUUUUCUAUUUUGAAAUUGAUUAAUUUAUAACUAAUAAGGGAGCGCCGUGAUUUUUCUUGAGAGAGAGAGGGAGAGAGAGAGA